UGUCAAAAACACCACCUGUUCAUUUUUCAUUCAAAAAUAAUGGGUUGUUAACUUCGGUUUAUUGAAUAUCAAAUGAUGUAGUUGUUCUACAGUAUUACUCAAAAAUUUUUUGAAAAUUUGUUAUUUACUAAUUUACUUGUCCUUCAAAAAUGAGUAGACGUUCUGAGAUUUCACAUAAGUCGAAUAAUGUUGAUUUCAACCUUUCCCUCUUUGAACACGCUCUGAAAGACCCAGCCAGCAAGAAUGUUAUACUACAAUUACUUUCUGCGAAUAACAAAAAUGUCUUUGAGUUAUUCAAACCCGGGGUAGAUGCUGCAAGCAGCCCUGUGAGGAGGGUCAAGAAGAAAGAACAUUGUGAAAGUCCAACAGCGUUGCUCAGGAGAAGAGAACUUGAAAAGAAAAACCGACCCGAGAGACCUGAGAGCGCUCAGUCGCACACAUCUGAACAAUCAACACAAUCAUCAACUUCUGGCAGGAGCUCAACGGUACCCUUCGAAAGGAUACUUAAGAAUGUUGUUGCGUAUGUGGAAAUUAACAGUAAUGGAACUGAUAGGUCAGGGGGCGCAAAAGCCCUUCUUAGGUCUAUGGGUGCAACUGUGUGUGAGAAAUUCACUAGGGAUGUAACACAUGUGAUAUUCAAAGACGGAUUGUAUACAACUUAUCAGAGAGCCAAACUUCUUAAAGUACAUCUGGUGUCGGUGCUGUGGUUAGAGGCUACAAGGAGGAAUGGUGUGAGGGCUCAAGAGAAAAAUUAUCCUGCUCUGGGAACCAAGAAUUAUGACCUGAAUGUGUCAAUGAUUUGUUCACAAAUGCAAAAAGAUUAUGAGGACGUUAUUAGAGAAGAAAUAAGAAGAACAUUGGAGUCUGGGACUCCCCUCCCUAGCUCUAAGUCUUUUAUGGACAAUAGAAGAAAGACAGUAGGAACUAGUAGCAAAUCCUUUGAUAGAAGUUCACAAUUAGCUUCCCAGAGUUACAAAAAUAAUGAGGUCAAUACUGUUGUCUCAAGGAUUGGAGGACAAUCUACAUCUAAGAAGAAAGUGCAGCCACCAAGCAUGACUUUACAGGACAGUUCCCCCGCAGUUUCAACUGAUGAGGAUCUAUCCAUUUUAUCUAAAAAAAUCCACAGUGAUAUACUAAACUCUUCAACAGAUUCGUUCAGACCUGCUAGUUUGCGUCUGGAACAAAAUGAGGUUUCCGAUUCAGAUUCUGAAUGUGGCAUGAUAGACGGACAUUUCAGCCAGAGGGAGACAGUUGUAGAUGACACUUUCACUGGAAUAGCACCGCUUCAAUCGGAUGAAAUUUUUCCUUCUAAUAUGGAGUUAACCUGCACUGAAGAUAGCGACUCUCAAUCGAUUAUGAGUAACAGAAACAGAACUUCGAAUUUGACGGCAAGUAUGGAUUUGACGACGCCCAAUGCGGGCAGUAUACUCCAAAACUUGAAGGGAAGUAUUUUGAAUUCUUUGUCCUAUAUUACUUCGAGAAAUCAGAAUGCGACCGGUGCUGUCAAGAGAAAAAGCAACGAGAAAGAAAAUUAUUCCACCUCAUCGACGAAUAAGACGCCAAAAACGUCGAAAGUGAACUUCGACAGACCUAAAUCCACUGUUAAACUGAGAAAAAACGUGGAGAAAGAGACGUUUUCCACACCGAAGUUAGAAAAUGAAAACGAUUCGUGCAAAGAUGACUUUUACGGUCUCGAAACACCGAAACUCGUGGUUCAAACUAAGAAACUCCCCAAACCAGUGAAUAUUAUGAAUCAAGGCCACAGUGAUGAGAAAUUAGCAGAGACUAGUACCUCUAUGUCUUCGUUGAGGAUUUCGGGUGAUUCAAAAGAGAAAAUGGGUAACUCUAAGGUUUCUAAUGAUGAUUCUUCGCUGCGGACUUCAACGGAAAACACCAAGAAAUCCAACGGUACCUCCAUGUCAUCUUUGAGGCUCAGCAAGAGCAGCCUGGAAAACUCCAACUUGUCCGAUGUUCCAUCUUUGAGGAUCUCUCCAGAGAAACAGAAAAUCAGCGAUGACCUAGCUGGUAUCGAAUUGAAGAUUGAUAUACCGGAGGAUAACGAAGUUCAGACUGAAAGUAACCCAACAUCCUCUACGCCUUUCGUAACAGAGAGGAAAAAACGACAGACUAGAAGGAGCGUUAAGCCUGAUUUGGCUCCUCAGACGGGAACGCCCGUGAGAAACACCAGGAGUUCCACCAGGGUGAGUACGGUUCAUAAAGAAGAGGUGGAAGAGUUCAAGGAGGAACUGGAGAACAAAAAGGAUUCUCACGAUAAAAACAAGGAGGUCGAGUUGGUUGCUUCGAGGGAAGACCAAGUUAGUACGCCUAGACCUGCGAGGAAAUUUCCUUCGAAGACUCCAAAGAAGUCCGAUGUUUUUAUUUCUCCCUUUGUUAAUACGAGACGGAGAAGGAAAUCUAAUGCUAGGGCCGUUGAAGCGAUGGAUUGUGAUCAAGAAGAUAGCCGUAUGAGCGGAAUAGGUUCGACAAGAAGGUCCACUAGGAUUAAUAAAGAACAAUCUACGAGCACACCCAAGGAAAUUGGAAAAGAAACUGUUGAAACUCCAGAGGUAUCGCCGGAACAAGGGUUACCAUCUGAGGAGGAAUCUGAAGAACAGGAUAGGAUCGUCGAGGCAAAGGAACUGUCCAAUAUCAUAGAAGAAGACGAAAAUGUCGAUAACAAUUCUUCUUCAAAUAAAUCAUUGAAACCCGUCGUGCUUCUACAGGAUAUCUUGGUGUCACCACCGGAGCAGUCGAAGACAAUUAAAAAGAAAAGAAGUGAGGUAAAGCCUCGACAAGAUAAGUGUGUAGUUUCUUUAGUUUCCAUUUCCAAUGAAGGCACCGAAAGUUCACCCCCUAAAAGAUUCAAGAGUGAUGAUAAACAACUCAGAACUUCCAGAAGAACAAGAAGUGCUUUAAACGACGAAAGAGUAGGUCCUAAUGAAAAAGAUGAUGAAAGAAUCGAGGUGAAAACAGAAAGAAAAAGCAGGCGAAGAACAAUGAGGGUGCCACCUGAACCAACCUCUGAAAAAGACGAAGAACAAGAUGAAACAUCGAACAAAAAUGAUGAUAGUAGAACUCAGAAAACGCAAAGGAAGAUUUCCAGGAGUAAAUCCGAAUCGGACGUUCAAAACUCUUCGAGAACCAGAAAAAGCAGGAGGAUACGAAAAUUAUACGAUCCCGAUCAAGUCGACGAGGAGGAAGAGAUUCAAGAAAGGCUGGGGGUUAACGACCAGGAAGAAAGAAAAACGACCCGAGAGGAAAAACUGUGGAAGGUUAACGUGAAAUCUCAGAACGGCUGGCUUAACGGAAACAUGUUGAUGACCCAGAAGGCGAUGGAGUUCUUGGGUAGAUCCCAGGGUAAUGUGACCACGCUCUUCAAGGAACCCGAAUCGGUCCUGGAACGGCUCGGGAUCAAUAAUGAAAAGAAGAAGGAGAGGAAGAAGGAAUCGAUCGUGAACAACAGCGACGAUGAACAAGUGGAUUUGGCCGAGGAAUUUGUGAAUAAGAAAUCUAGAAAGAUUCCCAAGGAGGAUGAAGUUUCUCUGCGAACUCCCAGAACUCAAAAAUCAAGGCGUAAUUUAACGCAGAAAGCCCUCACGACCGGCAACAGCAAGCGACGCAGCACUAUGGAGUUCGCCCCGACACCGCUGAGCAUGCCCAGGGUCAGAACUAAGCUGAAUCUGGACCAGAAACCGACGAUUGUAUGCACCAAGAUGCAUAAGGCGGACGUUCAAGUGUUCAAUCAGAUAGUUAAGAAAUUGGGCAGGUUCGAGAUUGAGGACGAGGUCAGUUCGAGGACCACCCAUUUGGUGGUGGGGGAGCCUAAGCGCACCGUCAAUAUGUUGAGGGCUUUGGCUAGGGGAUGCUGGAUCUUGAAGCAGGAAUGGCUUCUGUCUUCCUUAGAAGAAAGGGCUUGGCUUCCAGAGGAAAAAUACGAGGUGACAGAAUUCUCCCCUGCUGUACAGCAAUGUCGACUGAGAAGGCAGGCCUUUGGUCCGACAUACCACAUGAACAUCUUCCUCGAUUGCGGGAUGAUCUACGUGGCCAAGUCUACAAUACCCCGUUGUUCCGAUAUCAGGGAACUGAUUACCCUUUGCGAGGGUAAAGUGACGAAAAUCCCGGAUAACGCAAAAAUAGCCGUGGGGGCCUAUUUUGAAGGAUGCGACUGCGUGAACGAAUACUGGGUGUUGGAUUCUAUAACGUCGGGGAAAUUGGAACCCAUCGACGAAUACGUUAUCACGGCUGAAAGUGCGAAGACCAAAAGUCCUUUUGUUUGAUACGACCUGACUGGGCUGGGACCCAGCGAAAAUGAUGCCAGUCGUGCAUCUGGAUUUAUUACGUGUGAAUGAGUGCCAUUCUUGGUUGCCAUCCGGAAUUUGUAAUUCUGUAUCUAUUUAUGAUAUUCUAUUUUCGAUUAUAAAUGUAUAUUAUGUUUGUGUUGUAGACAAUCAAAAAAGUAAUAUAUAGUUUUAUAGUU